AUGGCGACCAGCGGCGGAGGAUACCGGCUGAAUAAAGUGCUCAACAGGAUCGUGCCGAGCUUGAUGUUUCUGAUGAUCUUCUUGGGCUCCCGGUUAGUCUUGAACCACUCAAUACCUCACUUGCUGGCGAAUUCUUCGGGCGACGGCCAUCGUUGGAUCAAGCUCUACAGGCUCGUGUUCAUCUCCCAGCUCUCGUUAGCCGUGGGAUGGUAUCUGGCUAUCUACUUCGACCUAUUCGGCCACCACCACUCCUCUGCAAACGUUACAUCCUCCGCCAUCGUCCAGAAAAUCAUCAACAAGUCUAUCGUCUAUCAGUGCGUCGAUCAGAUCGGGUCGCCUCUACGUUGUCCAAUUUGUGAUGAUCAGAUCGUUCCAGUGCGUGCCCGUCAUUGUUUAGACUGCGGAAUAUGCGUGCCAGGAUUUGACCAUCAUUGCGUCUGGUUUGCACAAUGUAUAAGCAUCACGAGCACGCUCAAGCCAUUCAUCCAAGUGCUGGUUCUCGGAGCAACGACGAUCGUCGCCGGGGCCGGGCCCAUCUACCCGAUCGUCGUCCAGCAUGUCAAGCAAGUCGUCCGGCUCACCUGGAGCGCCCAAUCAAGCGGCGAUACGUUGCGUCGAAUAUGGUGGGAUCGGUGGUGGGGUUGGGCUGGCGGCCCCGUCUAUAGAUACAUGGGCGGGCUUUGUCUGGGCUACCUAUACUAUCAUGAGAUAAGCCCGCAAGAUGCGUCUCCUUCGACCCCCGCGGCCGACGACAGGCCAAAGACUAGUCCGAAAGGGAGUUCAGUGUUGGAUGAGCCAUCGCUCUCGGUGCUCAUGAUCAUAUUAGCAGCGACGAUGGUCCUGCUGGUGAUUCUGGCAAUGCUGACGAUAGUAUUCAAGAACAACAUCCUCAAUGGACUUUCGACGAUCGAGAUCGAACGCGCACGGCGCUCCAGGCGCUCUCCCGGAGACGCUCGCCUCAUCAAGCUCUGGGUCCCGCCGUCUGCUUCGGCCGGACAGCCCACAGGAAAGGUCGUCCUCGUCCCGCCCGGCUUGCCCAUCUUCGACCUGCGUCCUAGUCUCAACUUCCAGCUCAUCAUGGGAAAGCGAGUCUGGCAUUGGUUUGUGCCGUGGAAAACGAGCGGGACCCCCGACGGGGUUGAAUGGCCGAUCUCGGAUCAGUGGCUGGGCUAUCUAAGAUCGCUGGAUCCGUACACCGAGGAAUGA